AUGGGGUCUUGUACUUAGAAACUGAAAAAAGUUAACAAAGAAAUCAACUAAAAAAGGCAAAAGUUAAAUGAAUUAUCUAUUCAACCAUCAAAAAAUUAAUCAAUCCAAACCCAAGAAUAUUUUUAAGAAAAAGGAUAGAACAAAGUUCUUAAGUAAAAGGAUCAAUCACUUAAUGUCCAUAAUUUCAUCCUUAUCUAAACAUGCAAAUUUUCAAAAGUGUACUCCUCUGUUAUCAAUACCAGUAAUUAUAGUUUGAUUUAAGUCUAAGGCAAAGGACCAAAAGAAAAUAUUUAAAUAAUGUAGAAUAAUCUAACUGGAAGGAUUAGAAUAAUGGAGACACUUAAACGGAAUGAUAAAAAUACUAAAAAUUACAUUGAUAAUCUUAUCGCAAACCCUUUAGUAAUAUUUUAUUUUAAGAAUUUUAGUCUCAUCCCAAUAUCUCUUAAUCACAUGAAAUAUAUUAGGAUGAAGAAUCUGUACAUAUAAUUCAUGAUUAUUGUAGUGGAGGAAGCUUAAAUAGUUUAAAUUUCAGAUAAGGUUAAGGUGUAAAUGAAUAGAUAGCUCUAAAAGUAUUAUUUCAAAUGAUAGAAUCUGUAAAUUAUCUACACAUUAAAGGAUUUAAUCAUGGUCAUUUGACAUAUAAUAGUUUCUCAAGAAUGGAUGAAUCAGAGAAUUAUUUUAUUAAACUCACAGACACAAAACCAAUAUAUGUUAAACCAUAAAUAACAUUUGAAUAAAUGCAAUAUUUUGCUCCAGAAAUAAUUAAUAAUAUAAAAGAUUAUUCAUUUGCAAGAGAUGUAUGGUCCAUAGGUAUAAUAUUUUAUAAACUUUUAACUGGGAAUAUGCCUUUUGUGUCAACAGAACCUAGCAAAUUAAUAUUAGAAAUAAGAAAAGGUAUCAUUUAAUUUAAUGAUUUAUAAUUUGAUAAGAUAUCCAUUAAAUCUAAAGGAUUUUUAAAUACAUUACUCUAAUAUAAUCCAUCAAAAAGAUCAGAACUUAAAAAUAUCAUUAUGUCACCUAUGUAUAGGAAAUUAGUUACUGAAACAAAGGAAGUUUGUAAAUCAUCUUCUAAUUCUUUGAUGAAUUUUAAAUAAGCAAACAUAAUAUAAUCAUUGUUUUUAUAAUUUUUAGUUAGUCAAUUUUGUUAAAACUAAUAGAAUGAAAUCUAUUAAAUGUUCAAUAAAUAUGAUAAAAAUGGAGAUUCUAAAUUGAGUAAAAUUGAGAUAUAUGAACUUUUGUAUUAAUAAUUAAGAUCAAAGGAGGAAGCACAAUAACAUGUUGAUUUAAUAUUUAAAGCUAUUGAUACAGAUCAUAAUGGCUCAGUAGAUUGCCAUGAGUUUAUUAGAUGUAUUGUUGAUAGAUAAGCAUUGAUUACUACUCCAAAUUUAAAGGCUAUAUUCAAAUUAUUGUCAAAUGGUAAAGGAUCAAUUCACAAAAAACGAUUUAUGCAAUGUUUUUCAGUUAAUUAAAAAUAAGCUGAUGAAAUGUUUGCUUUAAUUACUAAAUCAAAGAGAAUAACUUUUAAAGUAUUUUCAAGAACAAUGAUGGAACUUGUUUGA